AUGACAGAAGAAUCAAUUAAUUCGACCAGGUCGCCUGUUUCCCACUACACUCGCACAUCCAACUCUAAAUCCUUGAACCCUACUAACAUUUCAAACUUUAACCUGGACAAUAUAAUAAAGAGACGGGAAAUUCUCUAGAAAAACGCCCCUCCAAGACGUCCUAUCAAAAGGCUUUAAUAUAUAAACUCUUAUGGAAUGAGAGAUUACUUUGAUAUUGAUCAAGAGGAAUACGACAGACUGAAGCUAAAUAUUGGAGUAGACUUUGACAACGACUUCAACUAAGAAUUGAUCAGCAUCUUUGUAAAGACUCUGCUUUAGGGACUUCCGUACUAAUGGCAGCGAGAGUAGGAUGCUUAUGAUAACAUAGUCUACUAUAAUAAGUAAACCAAAGAAACAACCUACUAGCAUCCACUGAGUAAAUUCUUAAGAAAAACUUUCAAACAACUUCACGAUCACAGAUAGACAAUUGUAGAGCGGAUUAACGAGGAAGUGAAAAAUAACAUAUUGAUCCCAGAUUCAACUUUGAAACAACUAGAUUUUUAAAGGAGAGUAGAGGAGAUGCAAAAACAGUAAGAGUAAUAGGAGAGGAAGCAACUAAGCAAGCAGAGUUCGGGUCUUAAGUUAGUCAUGGGCUCGUCUACCUCUCUUAAACUGCUCAAGCAAAAGAUUGAGAAUUAAUAUAAAGCCUCAAAUGUCAUUGAAAGCUUGACAUUCAAAGACACAAAAAGUGAAGUCAGAUUGAAAAGACUAUAUGAGACCACUAAAUAAUUUAAGAAGAAAGUGUAUGACGACAUGUAUACCCAGAACUAGAAAUUCAACGAGUCAAUGAUUGAGGCAUUUUACCACUACCAGAAGAAGUUCACUAAAAUCCUUACAAAGAAACAGAAAGUUAAGUUAUUCGAUCCGUUUGACUCAAACAACAGCGACGAGUCUAAGUCAGAGCACCCUGAAGAGGAACUAGUUCCAGAACUGCCAGAAUAUAUUGAACUCGCAAGAUACUAUGGAAUCAACCCAUCAACUGAAUAUUAUCUUUUAUGGAUACCAAAGGUUGCGUUAUCACUCAAGCUACCUAUCAACUGGAUAAAAGGCUAUGUCAAUGAAGAAGAUAACGAGCACGGAAUUAUCAAGAAAUCUAAUAAGGCUGUCUACAAGAACAUUAACACUGAAGUUAUCAUAGAAUUCCAUCCCUCGGAUCCAUAUAUAAGAUAUAUGGUCUAAGUCUAACAGAGAUCAAAGAAAAUCACUUCAUAGACUCAUUUCAGUAAGAAUAGCCUUUUCCCAUUCCAACUAAAUAUAGAGAACUUUCAGCUGACAGGAGAGGAUUUCAUGAACAGAUUUUACGAUUAGAAACAGAUCUUCUGUGAGAUACUUGGUAUUGAAAACAUCAUCAAGCACUCUAUAUAUGUCAAACUUUAACAAGGACUCUAAAAGCCACAGGUUGAGCAGAAGAACAUAGCCAUUUAAUGGUUAUAAGACUAAGAAGAGUUGAGAGAUAAAGCCUCUGAGUUGAGUAAAUUCUAGGCAGUUUAAGAAGAAUAUGAUAACUUUACUGAUGCAGAGAUAUUUGCUAUUGCUACUUAAUGUGAGAUUGACUUUGAGACUCAGAUUCACUUACUCAACUAUUUGGUAAUGAUUGUAGCCCAGGUCAAAACUAAUAAUAGUAUGUAACUUGAGUUCAGAUAUAUUAGAGAGACCCUAGACAACAAAACUAAUAAGAAGAUCAUUGCGGCUGACCCUUAAUUCUAUUGGAGAGAUCCCAUUACUAAUAAAAAUCAUAAGAUAUUCCCACUUCUUAAUGAAGUCAAGCAAAGACUCGAAGUACUAAAAGGCAAUCUCUAGGUAUUUCAAGACUCUGCACACUUUAAGCGCUAUCUUAAGGACUUAGAUAGGUACAAGGAGAAGUUUAAAGCCAAUCCACACAUAUAUCGGAAUCAGGUAGCCAAGCAAAAGCAUCUAUUAGUUGAAUAGUAUCUUACAAUGCUAUUAGACAAGGGCAAAAUAGAUCCCUUGAAGUUUUAAUUGGAUAAGCACACUAAGAGCGGAAGAGGUUAUUUCCGUAUUAGCAUGGAAGAUAUCAAUCGCAUCUUUCACUUGCUAGGUAACAAAGUCAAGCAUCAAGAAAUCAUAGACUUCUGUUUCUAAUCUCCUUUCAGGUUUGAAUUCUCUGAUCAGGAGAUAGAAUAGCACAAGAAACUGUUAAAAGAACUAGACUCAGAAGACUAUCAAAUCAAUUUCAGAAGAAAUAGACUAAAAAUUGAAGAGAAUUCAGACGCUGACUUUGAUGAUAUGAUGUUGAAGCCUCAUCCUAGAGGUUCAGUGAGGAAAAAUAGUAGCUUUAACAAGAACGGAGAAUUCAGCACUAUAGAAGUGGCUAAGAAAUACAGCAGUAAUUAAAUGAGGAUGCAAUCUUAAGAGACACUCGAGGAUUCUGAGGACUCAGACAGUGAUGAAAUGAUUAAAAAAAUUAUCAAGCGAAAGAUGGAGGGAGUCACCAACCUAGAUGAGCUAGCUGUCAAGCAUGGCAGGAAGAGCUUCAGGGGCAAUAAUAGCUUUAUGGAUAAAGCAGAUUCCUAGGAAGGUAAAAAAGACUCCAAGAGUCUAAAUAAAUCAAAGCUUAACAAAAGUAAAGAGAGUAAACUACAGUCCAAGCAAUCUACACCUUCUUUUAGAGUUGAUAAAGGGCUACUCUCCAAAUAAAAACUAUCUAAAGAAUAGUCACCUUUAAAAAUUAAACCUGGCUUGAGAGGAGCAUUCCUAAAGUAAAAGGGUCCUUAGAAAGGACUUUAUAAAGUAAAGAAAACUAGAUUUGAUACUAAUAACAAUGAUGAAAAUAGUGAUAAUGAGUAAGUUUCAAGGAAGAAGAGGGUAAAAAAGAUACUGAGUCCUGGUGAGGAAAACGAUGAGUUAUAAGAUCCAGAGUAUAUCUAGCAAAGAAAUGAUCUUUUGAGAAUAGCCCAAAAAAUAUCAAAUAACGAUGCAGAGUUCGAGAAUCUAUCUCCUUAGCAAAAGCAAAAUCGAAUCCUAAAGGUAAAACUGGAAGAGGUACUAAAGGAGAUCAGCUCACUUACUAAGGGCAUAACUAAUCUCAUUAAGGAACCAAUAGGCAGUAACCCUCUUGUUAAUAAGCUAGCUGACAUCAUUUACACUGCAAAUAUUGACCUCGAUGUGUUCAUUCAGAGUCUGGAGUACUUUGAAGAUGAAACUGAAGAGGAGCUAUUGAAAAGACUGAUUUAUUAGAUACAGAUUAUUCAUGAAAAACAAAUCAGCCAACCAAAGGAGAGUAUCGAGGAAGCGAAGGGACUUGCAGAGGACUACUUUAACAUGCUGGUAGAUAAGAAGAAGCAGAAUGCAUUGAAGUUAGCUUAACAGCUGGCUUAGUCCCAAAAUCCUACAGAAGAGGAUUUGGAGCGCAAUAGCUUUAUAGAGACUCAGAAGAAGAUGGGUAUAUAUGACAGAUUGGUGAAGGCGCUGUUCAAGAUGACUAAGAAGAAGGUGUCGUCGUAUGACACAGGCAAGAUCCAGAGGAUAGCAACCGAUAUGCAAAAAGAUGCAAUGAGGCAACCUCCAGUGUUCUCCAACUUUGUGUAUAUCAAGAACAGGAACAAUCUCGAGAUCAUUGAGGACAAUGUGGCUCAUGAAAAGAUUAAGAUGAUUCAUGAGUUCUAGGGGUAAAUUGAGUAACUUCAGCAUGAGUUGUAGAUUGAAGACAUGAAAUUGACAUAGAAUAUGCAUCAACUCAAGCGUUAGAAUGAUCUCUUAAACAGUUCCUAGCGAAUCAGAAGAGACGAAAAGUCAGAAUAAGUAUCGCCCAUAAUACCAAGUUAAUCAGAAAGACUCGGAGUCUUUCUAGGAGGACUUUAUCAGUGA